AUGUCCCUAUUAUUAUCAGAUCUGGCCUUAUUUAUUCAAAAUAAUGAAAAAUCAGUUGAUGAUAAGCCACAUGCCGAAUUAGAGGGACAGGAUUUGUGGAAAGAAUUUUCGGUGAAAGGAACUGAAAUGGUGAUAACCAAGAAAGGAAGAAGAAUGUUUCCAAUGAUUCGAACGAAAUUAUACGGGUUGGAUUGGAAGAGCAAGUACAUCAUGAUGCUGGAAAUGGUUCAAUAUGAUUGUUUUCGGUAUAAGUUUACGAAUGGAAAAUGGGAAGUGUCUGGAAAAGGAGAUAUUCAACCGAUUAGAGCACCAGUUAUGCAUCCGGGAUCUCCCAAAACUGGUGAGGACUGGAUGAAAGAUGGAGCUUGUUUCAAGAUGCUCAAGCUGUCGAAUGAUCCAAUGAAUGCUGAUGGACAUAUUUUCCUGAACUCAAUGCAUCGCUAUGUUCCCCGAUUCCAUAUUGUCCGAUGCGACUGUUUUGGCAAUCCAAUCUUCUCAACUUUCAAAAGUUUCGUAUUCGAUCACACGGAUUUUAUUGCAGUAACGGCUUAUCAGAAUAUAGAGGUAACAGCCAAAAAAAUCGCCAACAACCCGUUUGCAAAGGGUUUCCGGAAACCAAAUCUUGAAGAGAAACAACGAAGGAAUAGUCGAGUUUUGAAGAAACAAGAAACCGUGGAAUCUUCUUCAGAAGACAUGGAUCAACCUUCGAUUUUGCCAAAUAUUUCUAAUGAAUUGAUGGCUCAGUGGCAAUUGGCACUAUUCUCUUCAUAUGGAUCUAUUCAACCAGAGCCUCUGAAUCUCAAAAUUCCAGAUAUUCCAAAGAAAAGUGGAUUCGGAGUGCUGGAUUUGUUAGCUGAACCGAAUCUAUAA